AUGAAAUUGUGGACUCAAAAGGUUUACAUAAAUGAAGAUUAUAGUGAUCAUACGAUGGAAUUGCGAAAAAAACUCCUGAAUGAGGCAAAAGAUUUAAGGGCAAAGGAAACAUGGUGCAGUUCGGAUGACGUAAAUUUUUUUACCAAUUUUGAACUGCCGGGUUUUAAUGUAAUUUCAUUAGCACGAAAAACAAAUAAGCGUGGCGGAGGCGUUCUUAUUUAUGUUAAAAAUAACUUACGAUAUUUUACCCGGCAUGACAUGAGCAUCUCUGAUGCUGAUAAAGAGGUUUUAACGAUUGAAAUUUUAACCAAUAAAAUAAAAAAUAAAAUUCUAAGUUGUUGUUAUCGCCCACCUUCAGGUGAAAUUAAAAAUUUUAAUUCGUUUUUAUGUAAUGACGUUAUUAAAAAAAGUAACCACGAAAAUAAAUUUAUCUACUUAGUGGGUGAUCUGAAUUUAGAUUGUUUUCAAUACCACGUCAAUAAUAACAUUAAAAGGUUUCAUAAUGGCAUUUUUGAAAAUGGUGCGAUUCCCUUAAUUAGCAAACCGACAAGAAUUACUCAAUCAAGUACCUCUUUAAUUAACCACUGA